GGAGGCGGCCACUGUGGGAAAAAAUAAAUACAUUACACUGUUGGCAAAUAACUUGAGACACAUAGGCUUGUAUUACUUUAUUGUUUUAACUUUUGACGCAUGCGCAGUAAGGCCCCCUGAGGACAGUGACCCUAGAGUGGAAGCUCCACACAGCAGAAAGCUACAGAAAGGAACGGAGGGUGCUAUAGAGCAUUUUAAUACAGCAUUAAGGUAAAAUCUGCACAUCAGCUUGCUUCAGCCUAGAUAACACAUUCAUAGAGCAUCUUUAUACAGCAUUAAGGUAAAUCUGCACACUAGCUCGCUUCAGUCUGAACAACAACACAUACCCUAGCGUUAAGGUCACGUGAGUUCGCGCCGAGUUACGAGAGCCCAAGGCCGAACUCAGAAGGGAGCGUCCGUUCCCAGCACACAGACUGCCCUUAUCCAAACUGGGGCAAAGGAGAAAACAGAUAAACAGGAGAAUCCCAGCCGGUAGUCAAGGGCAACCCCUCCUGUGAGACUGAAUUAUACCAGCUCCGAUCAUGCCCCCACCUUCACCCUCUGACAAACAUGCUCACACACUGAUAAGAAGAAGCCGGGACGUGAAGCCAGUGUGAGUGGACAGUACUCAGUGCUCCUACCGGACAGGCUUGGUAUAAACCUUGCCCCGUCUGCAUCAGUUUUGACUUUUAAUCUAAUGGGACCUGAUAAGAGGAAUCCUAUAUGCAGCUUCUGCGCACUCUGUUUAAGCGCCUUUUUCCUUGGACACUCAACCCUGUUGGAUGUUCAUCUUAGGACCAUGCACGUUUAACUGUGCGGGAGCAUUAACUCUGCUUUUUAUUACUGAAUAAAUAUUGAGAACUAACUUUACUUCACCGGACUCCGUUUGCUCAUUAAUUGUUGGGUUGUACUCCACAACACCACUCUUAUUUUAGCCGCAAGUCACAAGCUCGGUGCGGACAGUUUAUCGGCAAGGACACCGCUGACAGCUGCUCCAGGUUCACCGCUGUACGGCAGCAAUGGACGGUCACACAUGACGCGCAAAUCCUGCUUUGACUACGAUGUGUUACUGCUUAAGCGAAGCAGUACAAGUGCAUUCAUGCCCAAUGCGUAUGUGUUUCCCGGCGGCAUGGUGCACUCUUCAGACUUUUCGAGUGAAUGGCUGGACAUUUUCAAAUCAUUCAGCAAUUCCCCUAAUUUUGGUUUGAGAAGUGUCACCCAGCCGGUGGAGACUAGACCUCCGUUGUUCGCCACAGACCGACUGAAACUGGGCUCCCCUAUCCCGGGAGAGGUCGCCUUCCGGAUCUGCGCCUUGAGGGAGACGUUUGAAGAGUCCGGCGUGCUCCUGUGUGUGUCUAAAGUGGAGGAGAAACGCUUGUUACAAAGCUUAGAUGGCAGGUGCACCACUGAUGGAGAAGGCCCACUGCACUACAAAGCAAACGACCUGUGCAGUCGAGAACUCAACAGGUGGAGGGACCUGGUCAACCUGAACCCCUCUAACUUCAUCAAGAUGUGCAGGGAGUUGGAGGUGUUGCCCAACAUCUGGGCUUUACAUGAGUGGAGCAACUGGCUAACUCCCGCAGGCCGAUACGGUGUGAAAAGGUUUGACACCGCUUUCUUCAUCUGCUGCCUGCAGGAGAUCCCGCACGCACUUCAAGAUGAAAAGGAAAUCGUGUGCUUGGAGUGGUCCACACCCUCAGAUGUUCUCCAGAGCUACCGGGCACAGGAGCUGUGGAUCGCCCCUCCACAGGUUUAUGAGCUCAGCCGCAUGUGCCACGUACCUCGGCUGGAUGACCUCCACAGUUUCUCCAGGCAGCGUGCCACAGAGGGCUGCGAACAGUUGCUGCCUGUUGUUUCCUUAAAAGAUGAACACUACACAGCACUGCUGCCAGGUGACGGAUGCUACCCGUUGGCUACUUCAGGAGAAGCUGGGGUGGGUACGAGCACAGACUCUCAGCUGGAGAAUCCUCAGGAGGAAGAUUCUGCACUGCACCGCAUUGUGACAGUAGAUCCUUACACGAUAACUCUACAGAUCACCAUCACUCCCAAGUACAAUCAUCUGCUUCCAGUUUUAGCGCCGACCUCCCAAUAUGACUCAAAAAGUAGGCUUUGACUUGCCCUCCCUGUUGUAUGAGCCCCACAACUCCCCUGUGCACAUGUACUGCUUUUCAUAACAUCAGAUGGGCCCGUUACCAAUAACACAAAAUUCUAUUCAUUGACUUCCUCCUGGCAUAUUGUUCUCUUACAAGCUCGCUAAAGAUCCGUUGGCAAACCUGUUAUCUCAGCUCAGUUGCUAACAUUACUAAGAAAUUGCUUCAUUUUAUUCAGAAGACAUAACCAUCAACUCCUGUCCCAUAACUCCAUUUCUCUUCUGUGGAGGACUUUUUAGAUAGAGCAUGUCAAGUUAAAGUGAAUGAUGCAGCUGUCUCUCAGUUCUCUCAAAGGUCAGCACGGACCGUUUGUGUGGACUAUUUUUGCCUCCUCGCGAGGAUCCUCUGAUCUCAGCGAUGCCAUAGGAAUUGAUUUUGUCACAAAGUUAUACUGUUUUGAAUCCUGGUGUGUCCAGGCUUUCAGCCCAAUACCAGGAACCUGAACCUGAAACGGUUGAAUGGAAUUCAGACUUUUUAAUGUUAACACCUGUUGUGUUUACUACUGACAUGUCAAAAUAUCUUCAGUGGGAAAGGUUUAUUGUGUGCUAGUCAAUGAUGAGCUUAGACUCGUUUUCAGUACGUAUUAAAUGGACUGCAUUAAUGACGAUUAAUUAUGAUGCUCAUUUAUUUUUUCUUCCAUGUGACUGUUGCAGUCAUUCAAUUCAGUUUAUUUUGUAUAGCCCCAAAUUACAAAUUUGCCUCAGAGGGCUUUACAAUCUCUACACAUACGACAUCCCUGUCACAGGACCUCACAUCGGAUCAGGAAAAACUCCCCCAAAAAACUUUCACGGGGAAAAAAGGGAAGAAACCAUCAGGAGAGCAACCUUCAUUGCCAUCUGAUCGAGAGAGAUCUGUCCCCCCACUAGCUCCCUUACUUGUUUUUCUUUUUAAGUAAUGCAAAUUUGUAAUUGCCAAAUAAGAUGUGAUUGCUAAUGGUCUUAUUGUGCAAAGGUUUUACUCUGAUAGUAAAUUCACAUGAAUUGAGGAGACCACUUCAGGAGGAUCAUCAGACCUUGAGUGGUUCAGGCCACAUUGAAGUGUUCUUGAGCAAGACACUGAACCCCCAGUUGCUCCCUGGGUGCUUCACAGCAGCCAACUGCUCCUUAAUAACUAAGGAUCAUUAAUAUUUGUUUUAGUGUAAGCUGCUGAGUUUUGUUUGAUCACUGGAGCUCUUUCCUUUUAAAUUGUGCCGAUUACAACAAAAUAUUGUUCUUACUAAAUUAAAAACGUAGUAAAAUAAUCAGACACUUGUCUGUGCUUAGUAUUUGCCUGUUACCAUUUAGAUAAUCAAGAUAUUUUACAAUAUCUCAAUUAUGGGGUUUCAUCACUAUGAUUCCAUUAAGAGAUGAUACAUUAUCAUAUUGAAUUAUGGCAUAGCCCUACAUUGGCCCACUCGUGGUGAGAUAUUAAGAAUCGUGUGUGUGUGUGUCUGUGUGUCAUCAGUUAUGGUGAUACCUCUCAGGAGGAGAGCAUAUGUCUGAUGGAGACGCUGCAGGGCUUCAACCCUUUCUCCUUUGGGUGUCUUCCCUGCUCACAGCAGUGUCCUUCGUGGCAUAUUGAUAACUCAAGAAAUAAUCUGUCAAAUGGAUUGUACCCUGUGUCUGCCAUUUAUAAAUUAAUGUAUUAUUAAA